UUCCCUGUGCUGGUGCGAAUACAGUUGUUGCUAUGGGUGAAGUUAGUGCCGCAGGAUAUUCUAACGAUACCAGUCCUUCAUCAGUACGGUAUUACUUAAUGGUGGAUAAAGAGAGUAUAACUAGUGACUGGGUGCUAACUCAGUCACCGGUACCUAUGGUGUCGGCCCUGAUGGUGUAUCUCUCAGUGGUUCUCGGAGUGGGACCUCGGUUUAUGGCAGACAGAAAACCUUUUGAUCUCAAAAACAUCAUGCGAGUUUAUAACUUACUUCAGAUACUUUACAAUGCUUACGUUCUAUCCCAGUUGUUUUUGACUCCUGGUGCAAUUCAUUACCUCGUGCAUCAUAGUUGCCGUCUGGAUGACCCCGACAACAUUAGGAACCUGAGGCAUACCUUUCUCCUGUAUUCUUGGCAUUAUUACGUUUUGAAGCUACUUGAUCUUGCAGACACAUUGUUCAUGGUGCUAAGGAAAAAGGACUCCCACAUCACAUUUCUCCAUCUGUAUCAUCACACUGCUAUGGUAUUCUUCACUUGGUACAGUAACAGAUUUAUCAAAGCACAACAAGCUACAAUUCCUGCUUUUAUAAACUUGAUGGUGCACACAAUCAUGUAUUCGUAUUACUUCUUAGCAACAUUUGGUCCAGAAAUGCAGAAGUACCUUUGGUGGAAACGACAUCUAACAAAAGUCCAGCUGGGUCAGUUUGGCCUGGUGAUAAUCUACUUGUGGCUACUCUACCAAAAUGACUGUGACGUUUCUCAGGACUUCAAUGUCAUAUGGAUCAUAAACGUAUGUGUGAUCACUGCCUUCUUCGUCAACUUCUACAUCCAGACUUAUAUCGUCAGACCCAGGCAUACUCACAAUAAUAGACUGCAUCACAAGACAUCAUAAGGAGCUUAAAGUAUUUUAAGCACUUGCUUAUUUAAUAUUGUAUAGUAUAAACUGCAAAAAUUUACGAGAUACAUAAAUAAAUAGGGUACGUUUGAAUAUCAAAAGAAUUCAUCUCCACUAUUCGCAGAGUUAACCGGCAGAUUAGUGAACUAAUCCAAAACUUGAGAUAGAUGUGCAAAAAAGCCAGUAGCAAAUAAAAAUUGCCUCUAAUUUAAUUUAAUUCAAUCAAUGCUAGUAAAUAUAACAAUAUAAGAACAUUUACUGCAUAUUUUGAUCAAGUUUAAAAUCAAACUACCAUAAGUAUAUGCGGUACUAAACUAUAAAAUGCACAAGUGAAUACUCUAGGAGCUGGACAACUUGAUUUCUGUCUGUCUAUAUGUCUAUCUAUAUGUCUGUCCCUCCGCUUGAUAUUUAUAAAACGAACUGAACUAUAGACUUGAUUUGAAUGAAGCUUCAUUUAAAUACAGGCAAUACUGGGAUAGAUUACGACGAUGAUGCAUGUUCCUCCAUGGGGUAUGGCUUAGUAUUAGUGAACAUUUUUAUAUUAAUUUUAUGAAUAACCACGAUGGGAGCAAAAAAAUAGUAGAAUAUAAAAUUGAAACUAUCGGAAUAUAAUCAAAUAUCUUAACAUAGAAAUGUUAUUCAGGAAAACAAGAGAAACAAACUGUAGUGUUAAAUUCAAA